UAAGAAGUAAUAGGGCUACAUCUUCCCGGGCAUGGAGCGCGAUGAUGAUGGCGGUGGCGGUGGCCGAGGCGCCCCACAUUUCUUCCUGAUCCAUGGUGGCAGCUCCUUGAGAGUGAGUGUGGCUAAGCGGUGGUGUUGGCUAUGGCGGUGGCGUUCCUCCAGCACUCCAAUUCCAUCGCAUUGCGCCUCUCUUCGGCGAGCACAGCGUCGCUGGGAUCAUCGCCGUCGUCUCGAAAGCCAGCGUUUCUCGGUGGAUUGAGGUUUGAGUCUUCGAGCUCCUUGCAACCCCAUGCGAUAUCUUCUUCGUCUUCCUCUUCUACUUCUUCCAUCUCCGCUGGGGACGAGGCGCUAGAGGCUCACGUCCGCAAUGGAGAUUCGUCGGAGGAGGUGGUGGCAGUGCCCGAGGAAUCGUCCGAGAGUGAGCCGGAGGAAGAGCCAUCGAUCUCCAGCGACGAUGUCCGAGUUGUCCAAGAGAUCGGUGCUGCUAGCAGAGCUCCCGUGGUGCCUGGAAGGAUCUAUGGGAGGCUCAAGAUCAACCUCGAUCUCUUGCUCUACAAAGCAAAGCUCGCGCAGAGGACGAAGAAAAAAUUCAUGGCGGAGGCCAUUCUACGAGAGUGUAUCAGAGACUGGGCGGAUGAUGGUCGAGCAUACGUCGCUUUGGGAACUUCCCUCGUGAAGUCGGGCAAAAUCAAGGAAGCCAGGAAACUCUACGAAGAUGGUUGCCAAGCUUGCCGAGGUGAAAAUCCAUAUAUCUGGCAGGCUUUGGCGGUGCUAGAAGAGCGAAGCGGCAAUGUUUCCAGAGCAAGGACACUUUUCGACGCGGCCACCGUCGCAGAUAAGAAGCAUGCCGCAGCUUGGCAUGGCUGGGCCGUGUUGGAACUUCGAAACGGAAGCAUGAGAAAAGCUCGAGCUUUGCUCUUAAAAGGGCUCAAGUUUUGUGGUCCAAACGAGUAUCUCUACCAGACUCUGGCAAUCAUCGAGGUCAGAAUGGGCGAGAUCGAGCAAGCUAGGACGUACUUUACAAAAGCUACUCAAGCAAACUCCAAGAGCGCAGCAAGCUGGCUGGCCUGGGCACUAAUGGAAGCUGAAUAUGGAAUCAAGGCUUCUGUCAGGCAAUUAUUCCAGAGAGGUCUCCAAGCAGUUCCUCGAAAUGGACACAUAUGGCAAGCCUGGGCUCGCUUCGAGGCCAAGGAAGGAAACAAAGGCCGCGCUCGUCACCUCUUUCAGAGGGGAAUGGAGCUCAAUCCCAAAGACGUGGUACUUCUUCAAGCCUUCGCUCUUUUCGAGUACGACUGUGGACAGCCAGACAUUGCGCGGAGGCAUUUUAGGCGUGCUGUGCUGAUCGAUGCAAAGCACCAACCGUUGUGGCUGGCUUGGGGAUGGGUGGAGUGGAAAGAAGGAAACCUCGACUCCGCGCGUGAUUACUAUCAAAAAUCACUAGCGGUGAGCAACAGGAACCUGAACGCUGUGAAAACGUACCAGGCAUGGGGUGUUUUGGAAGGCAAAGACGAGAACUAUGGUGCCGCAAGAGCUUUGUUCCGGAGCGCACUGCGCCUGGAUUCGCAAAACAUGCCCGCGUGGCUUUCGUGGGCCGCGAUGGAGGAGCGCUGCGGGAACGCCGUUCGAGCCGAGGAGCUGAGAACUCAAUGCCUCCAACAGAGAACCGAAGUCGUGGAAGAAGCGCCGUGGGACGUCAACAUAUCCGAGUUUUUGGCUCCUACGAUCGAGGGUCUAGCCGGGAUUUUGGAUCCAGCGGAGAAGCGAAAGACAAAUCCUCCAGACAUCGCCCAGGAAUUGGGCAGCGCAGACAAAGAUUUCGACAUCGAUGGAUUCUUGGCGGAGAAAUUCCCCUGGAAAUACAAGCCGCCGCAGCAGCAACGAUCGCCCAUCGCGCCCAAAAACUUGACAAAUAAGCCCUAAUGGGGUGCGCCCAAAUGUAAACCCUAAAGCCCAGAGUUACUAUACGACAAUUCAAUCUUAUUAUCAUGAGCCA